GUUCUCCAGGCCUGUCAAAGUUCACACGUUCUAGGGUUAAUGCAGUCUUUAUAUAGAAGCCCUAAUCCGUUGUUCUCCGCCUCGCGCCGCUUUCCUCAGUUUCCUGCGUUUAUCGUCGCCAAGGUGAUUUGGUCACAUAUUUGUGAAUCUAGGGAAGCGAUCUCACUUUCAAGAUGCAGAACGAAGCGGGUGAAAUGAUGGAUCUUUACAUCCCUAGAAAAUGUUCUGCUACGAACAGACUAAUCACUGCCAAGGAUCACGCAUCCGUCCAAAUCAAUAUUGGACACUUGGAUGAUAAUGGAGUGUACACCGGCCAGUAUACCACUUUUGCUCUUUCUGGCUUUAUUCGUGCUCAGGGUGAUGCUGAUGGUGCUCUUGACAGGCUUUGGCUGAAGAAGAAAACAGAAAUCAAGCAACAAUAGUUGCUUAAUUUCUUUUAUCUGUUAUGAACCUAAGCAGGAGUCAUUAUGGUUAUGGUUUUGUUAGUUAUACAACAAUUUGCUGCUGUUUGAUGUUUUAAACAAGUAGAUUUCUGAGACAUGCCAUAUCACAUUGCCAUUUGGUCGUGUUGAUUUUUUAAGUUGAUGAUUUUCUCUUGAAGAUCUGUUUAGCCUUGUGCGUCAGUGAAAUUUAGCCCUAAUAAAGUUUUUGAUUCAUAAUCUAA